CUGUCACUCUUCCUCGUGACUCGCUGCCUUGUGGGAGGAGGAGGAGCGCUCCUGACUCGGUGCCUGGGUAGCAGGCUCGGCUGGGGCGCCCGGCGGUGUUUACCUGACUCCUGCACAAAGCAGCCGCGGGGAGGGGACAGAAGCCCAGGUUGGACGCCUCGCUCCCCGCUGCAGCCAGCCAAGCAAUACGUGUCAGGGCUGGGACGCUCUGCAGCCGCGGAGUUCAUCCGGCUCAGUGACUCACGCUCCGCGGAGAACCAACAUGCCCGCCGUGGACAAACUCCUCCUGGAAGAGGCUUUGCAAGACAGCCCGCAGACUCGCUCCUUGCUUAGUGUAUUUGAAGAAGAUGCAGGAACCCUUACAGACUAUACAAACCAGUUGCUUCAAGCAAUGCAGCGGGUCUAUGGGGCUCAGAAUGAAAUGUGUCUAGCCACACAACAGCUUUCCAAGCAGCUUCUUGCAUAUGAAAAGCAGAAUUUUGCCCUGGGUAAAGGAGAUGAAGAAGUGAUAUCCACCCUUCAUUACUUUUCAAAAGUAGUGGAUGAGCUUAACAUUCUCCAUUCUGAGCUGGCAAAACAGCUUGCGGACACAAUGGUUCUCCCGAUCAUACAAUUUCGAGAAAAAGAUCUUACAGAAGUAAGCACUUUAAAGGAUCUUUUCGGCCUUGCUAGCAAUGAACAUGAUCUCUCCAUGGCAAAGUAUAGCCGAUUACCAAAAAGAAGAGAAAAUGAAAAGCUAAAGACAGAAGUAGUAAAGGAGGUGGCAAAUGCAAGGAGGAAGCAGCAUCUUUCAUCAUUACAGUAUUACUGUGCCCUGAAUGCUCUGCAGUACAGGAAGAGAAUUGCAAUGAUGGAACCUAUGCUAGGAUACACCCAAGGACAGAUUAACUUUUUUAAGAAGGGAGCAGAGAUGUUUUCCAAAAGAAUGGACAGCUUUUUAUCAUCAGUUUCAAACAUGGUUCAAAGCAUACAGGGAGAGUUGGAUGCUGAAGCUGACGCCAUGAGAGUAUCCCAGCAGGACUUGCUUUCAGUUAAUGAGUCUGUUUACACCCCCGAUUCUGAUGUCACCUCACCAGCAAUCAACAGAAACCUUAUUCAGAAGGCUGGCUACCUUAAUCUUAGAAAUAAAACAGGCCUGGUGACUACAACCUGGGACCGACUCUAUUUCUUCACUCAAGGGGGAAACCUGAUGUGCCAGCCCAGGGGAGCAGUAGCUGGAGGACUGAUUCAGGACCUGGAUAACUGCUCUGUAAUGGCAGUGGACUGUGAAGACAGACGAUAUUGCUUUCAGAUCACCACUCCUACAGGAAAAUCGGGGAUAACCCUUCAAGCAGAAAGUAAAAAAGAAUACGAGGAGUGGAUAUGUGCAAUCAACAACAUCUCCAGGCAGAUCUAUCUCACCGACAAUCCAGAGGCUGUUGCAAUCAAGUUAAAUCAGACGGCCCUUCAGGCAGUGACCCCCAUCACAAGCUUCGGAAAAAAACAUGAAAGUUUGCGUCCCAGCCAGAAUGUGAAGAAUAUGGAGAUGGAGAGUGACAAGAUCAUCCCUAAAGAACUAUCCACCAAACCCGAUUGCACAGAGUUAAUAGCACCUGGAACGCCGAUUCAGUUUGACAUGGUACUUCCUGCAACUGAAUUCCUGGAUCAGAACAGAGGUGGCAGGCGCACAAACCCAUUUGGAGAAUCUGAAGACAGCAAGAACGAUGAAGAAGAUUCGCUCUUGCAGCAGAUGUUUGUAGUUCGGUUUUUAGGAUCUAUGGCUGUUCAAUCAGAUGAUACAAAUGAGGUGAUUUAUGAAGCUAUGAGGCAAGUGUUGGCUGCUCGUGCCAUCCAUAACAUCUUCCGUACAACUGAAUCCCAUCUAAUGGUCACCACCAAGAGUCUCAGGUUAAUAGAUCCUCAAACCCAAGUUACACGAACAACUUUUGAACUUGCCAGUGUGACGCAGUUUGCUGCCCAUCAGGAUAACAAGAGACUGCUUGGUUUUGUGGUCCGUGUCACUGAGUCUCUGGGGGAAGAAUCCAUGAGUGCGAAUAUUUUUGAGAGCAACACAGAAGGCGAAAAGAUUUGUUAUGCAAUAAGUUUGGGAAAGGAAAUUAUUGAGGCUCAAAAGAUAUCAUCACCAUCAGCUGUCCUUGAGUCCUGAAUCACCAUUAGGUUCUGACAUCUGGAGUGUGUAGGAGUUCUGCUGAAUCAGCUGAUAGUAAGAAGAAUGUAGUUACACAGGACAAGGAGAGCGUGCCCCAUGUUGAAGUCUGAGUCAUAUUGCACAGGAAACCACAAAAUCCCACUCAGGGUAUCUCUGAAGACACAAGAAUGUCAAGUUCUAAAAAAGUUGUACAACAUUCACUAACCUUCUCUCUCUUUCUUUUCCUGGUUUUCUUCUGCUGCAGUUUUGUCUGCUCUAAAAAAUAUUCUUGCACUGCUUAGCGAGAAAUAAAGCAGUUCAAACUCCUAAUUAAAAAUAUUGAGACAAGAAAGAGACUUUCAGUAAGCAGGAGUAUAUCACAGAAUUAUUAUCUACAGCAUGUGUGAAUGGGAUCUGCAGAAGCACCUAAGUGAAAGUUAAUGGGAUUUGUGCUUUUAAGUCACUUAGGUGCUUUUGGAAAUCCUACUUUAUACCUUGUUCACAUGUGUUUUACAAAGCACUUAGACUGGCCAAAAGAACUUUAUAUUAGUGUAUUAAAUAGAUUAAGUCUUGAGUCACAUGUGUUACUUCUAUACAUUUGAAUUACUGUUACCUUACAGAUAUAAGGGGUGGUAUUAUCUACAUAAGACAGAAAGAAUUGUAAUUUUUGUGCCUUGAAGUUAAAAGUACUAUAUUUCAAGAUACUGAAUAACGCUUGCCUUUCCUCGGUUUGAUAGCUGAGACAUUAUUCAUCUUCACAAUUCACAGAAGUCAUAAUAUCCAAUGCUAUGAACCAAGCUCCUUUGACUCUCUAUACACAAACAUAUACAUCAUCAUAUUGUUUACUCCUAAUUCCAUGGUCAGUCAUUCUCUCUCAAGUUAGCCACCUAUUGUAGAUUUCAAGCUCUUAGGAGCAAGGUAUUUCUCUUCUAACACAUCUUAAAGCACCAAGCACGCUUACAGCAUUAAAUACAUAAUUAAUACCACCCAGCUCAUCCCUUCUUUUGAGAAGGGCAUUUUUUUGUGCUAGGCAGCAGUAAAUAGUUUAAUGGUCUCUACAAAUUCUUGAUGAUGCUUUCUAUAGCACUAAUAACCAACUGAACCAAGACAAGCAAAUGUGGAGUUCAAUACAAGUCAUAUAACGGGAACCAUAAUGUACCUGUAAG